AUGGUCACACUUCAAGUUUCCCUGGUCCUGGCUGUAGCUGCCAGCGCCAUUGCCGGCUAUGCACCGUACAGAGACGUCCGGGUGAGUUACGGAUACGGUUCAGCGUACGGAGCGUACCCGCUGCCGUCUGCUCCAGCCGUCGUUUCUGCUCCUUCUGCCCACGUCGCGUCGGCCUACCACGCCGGCCACACAGUGCUUCCAGCCUACAGGGCGGCAUCCAUAGUCGCUUCGUCUCCCUUGGCAGUUGCCAGCUACCGCACAGGAGCUGCAGUUCCCGCAGUGACUAGUUUUCAAGCUUACCACGCUGCUCCCGUAGUGAAAGCUGCCGUAGCCGCUGUGCCUUCUUACGCUGCUACGUACCGCGCUGCACCAGCCAUCACCCGCUAUUACCAGGCAGCACCCGCCACAGUCGUGGCGCACGCACCAUCCGUGACCGGGGUCUACCACUCCGCCCCACUCGUUGCCGCCGCUCCAGCGCUGGCCUCUGUCUCUAGAGUCACCAAGCUGCACGCUUACCACGCUGCCCCAGCAUUCGCCGCUGUCGCGGCCACUCCAGCUUUCUCCACCUACCGCUCGGCACCAGUCAUCACCCGCCAGUACCACACCGGUCACCUGUACGCAUCAGCCGUCCCAGUGGUCUCAGGUGUCACUAACCUGGGUGCGACUUAUAGGGUAGCACCUGCGGUGUCCAGGGUUUACCACAGCACUCCAGUCCUCUCUGCUGCCACCCCAGCUGUAGCUACCGCUGUUCACACCGUUCCAGCCGUCGCCGGGGUCACUAAGUUGACAGGCGUCACCUACCAGACUGCUCCUGCUGUGGCCGCAUACCACACCUCACCAGCCGUUACCAGAGUAUACCAUAGUGCCCCUGUCCUUGCCACCGGCCCGGCGGUUGCCACUGCUGUCCAUAGUUUGCCAGAAGUUACCAAGCUGACCGGAUAUAGGUCCGCGCCAUUCGUCACCGGUGUCUAUGGAGCCGCUGUUCACGCUGCCCCUGCUGUAGCCACCGUGCACCAUACGGCCACUGGUGUUACCCGAGUGACCAAAGCCGACCCGUUCCACGUGAGCGAGGAGCACACCGUCCACACGAGACCCGUGGUCUCCACUGUGGCGCACUCUCCAAUCUCCACUGUGGCGCAUGUUCCAGCUGAUGGGUACAGAGUCGGAGCCCUGGGGUACACGCAGGGUCUUCCCGUUUACGGCGCUAACUACGGAUAUGGGCUCGACGCCUUUGGUUACACUGCCAAGAUUCACAAGAAGUUUGCCUGGUUUCUCGUACGCGACUGUGGCUGA